AAUUAUGGGUAUGACACACUUUUCGUCUAGAAAAUGGCCUCCCAUUUUGGAUCGGGAGGUUAAUGCGUUUAUUAUUUAAUACAUUCGACAGUCUCUCUUUGGUUUAAAAUGGAUCAGAAAAAUAUACACAAGUGGACUUACAAAGCAGUAGUAAUUAAAAUUUUAAUGGGGCCUUUACUGAUCCUUGUGUUCUCAGGAGACCAUCAACCUAGAUAUACCGGUGUUUAGUGUGUAGGGCAGAGCUAAGUAAUGGUCUUGUGUGUGUUCUGAUUGAUAGUUUUGUGCAUUCGUUGGAUAUUUAAAUUUCACAGCCUACACUACAUAACUUAAAAUUCUACGAAAAUGAUGUGCGACGUAAUGCCUACCAUCUCUGAAGAUGGUUCUAAUGAUAGAGAGUCUCAGGGUUCUGGAGACGACUCAAACUUCGAGCAGUUAAUGGUCAACAUGUUAGAUGAGAGAGAUAAAUUGAUGGAGAGUCUGCGAGAAAAACAGGAAGCUUUGGAUCUAGCAGAAGCCAAACUGUUAGAAGCAAAUAAAGAUAGAGAAAUUAUGCAAAAACAACUGCAGCAAAUCACUCCUCAAGAAUUAGCCACAGUCACUAAAGAGCUGAAUCAGGUCAGGGAACAGCUUCUGGAAAGAGAAGAGGAAAUAUCUGAGCUUAAAGCAGAGAGGAACAAUACCAGGUUGCUACUAGAACACCUAGAGUGCCUAGUUUCCCGUCACGAACGGUCUCUCAGGAUGACAGUGGUCAAGCGGCAAGCCUCCUCUCCAGCUGGAGUGUCCAGUGAAGUGGAAGUGCUCAAAGCCCUUAAGUCUCUCUUUGAGCACCACAAGGCUCUGGAUGAGAAGGUGCGAGAACGACUUAGAGUUGCCUUAGAAAGAGUGGCCCAGCUGGAAGAGGAGCUAGCUAGUGCCAAUCAAGAGUUGUUCACAUUCCGAGAACAGGCGACUAAGUCUCGCCACUCAAGCGGCAGCGCGGAGGACAUCAAGUCUAACCGUACUGACUCAACGAGUCAGGCAGAUGCUGACUCACGCGAGUCUUCCACUACCACAUCAGGCCUUCCCAAGAGGUUAUCAAAUGGCUCCAUUGAACCAGACUCUGAAAUGGGUCGAGUAAUGGACCUGCAAGAGACAGUAGAGAAGCAGAACACAGAGUUGACGUCUGCCAGGACCAAGAUCUUGGAGCUGAACAACAAACUGACAGAGCUGGAUGAGAGCUUCACCACCAGUCAGAAGGAGUUGGCCAAAGCACAAGAAGCUGUCAACAAGCUCCAGAGAGACCUUAGAGAGUCCCAGGCCCAGAAAGAAGAUCAAGAAGAGCGGAUAGCUACACUGGAGAAACGUUACCUUAAUGCCCAGAGAGAGUCUACUUCUGUACAUGAUCUCAAUGACAAGUUGGAAGCUGAAGUUCAAACAAAAGAAGCCAGUUUAAAGAGUGCGGAAGAAAAAAUGCGAAGCUUGCAAGAGAAAGUUGAACAUCUUGAGCAGAAAUUAGCCCAAUCUUUGAAGAAAGUUGAGGCUAUGCCUUCCAUAGAAGCUGAACUGCAGCAGAGAUUAGAAGCACUAAGUCAGGCUGAAGAACAGCAUGGAUCUACAGCAGAAAGAAUCAUGAAUUUAGAGCAAGCAUUACAUGAUAAGGAAUCAGAAUUACUCAGAUCUCGCCAGAGAGAGAAGAUGAAUGAAGAGCACAAUGUCAGACUUUCCACCACAGUUGAUAGGUUGCUGACUGAGUCCAACGAGCGUCUCCAGUUGCACCUGAAGGAGAGAAUGGCAGCUUUAGAAGACAAGAACCAGCUGACUGCCGAGUUACAGAGGAUUACUAAAAUUUUGGAUGACACUCAGCAAGAAAAGGAGCGGAUCAAUGAUGAUUUGCUAAGAUACAGAAAAGAGGUGGAAACACUUCGUAUGCAGAUGGAACAGUUGAUGAGAGCUGGCUAUGCCUUUGAAGAUAAUGUGUCUCGGCGACGACAUCGAGGGAGAGAGCAAGCAUUGACAGAUGAUCCAACCAAGGUGAAUACACUCAAUGAACAAGAGUGGGAAAAGAUUCAGCAAGCUCAUGUGUUGGCUAAUGUGGCACAUGCCUUUGAUACCAGUGAUACAGAGGGUACAGAUGACAGUGAGUCUUUAUUUGGGGCUGUGGAUCUGCUCUCCCCAUCAGGUCACACUGGAGCUCAGACCCUGGCUAUCAUGCUUCAAGAACAACUUGAUGCCAUUAAUAAUGAAAUCAGGUUAAUCCAGGAAGAGAAGGAGAGUACAGAACAGAGAGCAGAUGAGCUGGAGAUAAGGGUAGGCAGUGGUAGUUUGGAUACUUUACCUGGGAGAUGGCGGGGCUAUGAGCGCUCAGCAUCACCACCAGCUAGUGGUCGCUCAACCCCUACCCACCCCCGAUCCUCUUACCAAUCCAGAGAUUCGUUACAGAAAUACCACACUGCGCCUGCUGGUAUGACUGCACAAAUGUACACAUACUCUUCUUCCAGUCCUCAACUAGCCACAGCAGCUGAUUCUAGUCCUUCUGGUCAACAGCAAUAUAGCCGUGAUGACAGCUCCAUCAAUUCCAAAGAAGAAUCUAGACAAAUAAAAUGUGAGUCAAGUCCUCCAACACCUCGGGCUCUAAGACUUGAAAGAGUGGCAGCAGCACUAGCUAAAAGUCCUGAAGAAAGUAUUAGCAGCAGUCGUUUACAAGAGAUCAGCAUUGUUUCCUCCAACAGUCCUCUGGGCAGUUUGACAAGCAGUCAAGACUCCCUCCACAAACAGCAUCAACACCCCAACCCAAAGAAAAAAGGCUUAAAGAGUUCACUAGGUCGAUUCUUUUCUAAAAAAGAGAAGCAUAAACCAAAGGAGCUGCUUGCUAGAGAAAUGGCUGCAGGAAAUUAUAUAGAUGGUGGUGAUAACAGUGGCUCAGAGAUGGGUAUAGGUCUGGGUCAGUCUGACUUUGAUAGGAGGAAAAAGAAGAAACAUGAACUUUUGGAAGAAGCCAUGAAAGCCAGUACGCCUUUUGCAUUAUGGAAUGGUCCAACUGUGGUGGCUUGGUUAGAAUUAUGGGUUGGUAUGCCAGCUUGGUAUGUAGCAGCUUGUCGAGCCAAUGUGAAAAGUGGUGCCAUAAUGUCUGCCCUGUCUGACACAGAAAUUCAGAGAGAGAUUGGCAUAAGUAAUCCUUUACACAGGCUGAAACUGAGGCUGGCCAUACAAGAGAUGGUUUCACUGACCAGCCCUUCAGCUCCAAAGACUUCCAGAACGACUUUAGCAUUUGGUGAUAUGAACCAUGAAUGGAUUGGUAAGGACUGGCUUCCUAGCUUGGGUUUGCCCCAGUAUAGAAGUCACUUUAUGGAAUGUUUGGUAGAUGCUAGAAUGCUUGACCACUUGACCAAGAAAGACCUCAGGGGUCAACUGAAAAUGGUUGACAGUUUUCACAGAACAAGUCUCCAGUAUGGCAUUAACUGUUUAAAGAAAAUCAACUAUGAUAAGAAAGAGCUGGAGAGGAGGAGAGAAGAAAGUCAGAAUGAUGUGAAAGAUGUUUUAGUCUGGUCCAAUGAGAGAGUAAUCAAGUGGGUUCAAAUCAUUAACUUGAGAGAAUAUGCAAACAAUCUUCAAGAGUCUGGUGUGCAUGGUGCACUCAUAGCCUUGGAUGAAAGCUUUGAUCACUGUAGUAUGGCUCUGGCUCUUCAGAUACCUACUCAGAACCAACAGGCUCGUCAAAUUUUAGAACGUGAAUUUAAUAAUCUUUUAGCCAAAGGAACAGAUAGACGUUUAGAAGAAGGUGAGGGUGGGAGAUUCCGAAGAGCUCCGUCCUGGCGAAAAAAAUUCCGCAAUAAGGACAGCAAAAGUGGUGAAGAAGGAGAGGCUACGGCCGCUGGAGCUGUCCCCAGUCCACCAGACACCUAUGUUCAAUCAUCCCCUCAGCACUUACGGCGACACACUGCCUUGGCCAAUGCAGCGGCGGCGGCAGCAGCUGCAAAUUCAGCAACUGUGACUGCAACUGCCACAACCUCUUCUCCAUCAGGUUCCAGUCCUGCAGCCUCCAACACCAACCCUUUAAUUGGUGGUCCAUCUGUCAUAGAUGGCAGGAAACCAGCGCCAAAUGAAAGACACUGCUGAGUUGUUAUGGUCUUGUUUGUUUAAUUAUUGUACUUAUUAAGUAGCCGGCAUUACUUUUAGACCAGCCAAUCAUUGGAACGUAGACACUGUGCUGCAUAGUCAAAACUCUUUCAUUACACAGAAUUUUGCUGGGCUUUUUCAGUAGACAGUUUUAGAUGAAUCUACCAACUGUCUUCAUUUCAAUCAUACAAUCUUCAUCUGUUCUUGUAUCUGUACCACUUCAAUCUUCUUUCUACUUCUUCCUUCUCCUUGUUGUUAACUGCAGAUGUAUUUUAGGGCUAAACAAAAUGGCCAUUAGUCAACUUUGUUGUUUGAGCUGAGACAACUCAAAUUGUGAUUUGCUGCAUUUGUUUCUGUGACUUUCUCUUUGUCCUCACCCCACUCAUCCCCUAAGAUGUUCAAGUGCAAUGUGAUCUAUUUCAUUGUUUCCAUACUAUCUAGUUGUUUUUCCUUCCUUUUUUUUUCUGAUCAUUUUGUGUUGAACCAUGAUGAAUAUCAGUGCAUACCUGGUUAAGAAACUCUGGUUUACAAUUAAUGUUCAUUAUGUGCAUGAGUGUGUGAUAUUUAACUAGGCUCCUUCAAACCCAUUUAUUCACUCAUGAACAAAAAUCAUAAAGCAUGUUUAUGAUGUUGUUUGCAUUACUCAUUAUUAGUUGUACAAGCAAAACUAUGAAGGUUGGACCAAUAUGUAUGACCAUGUAAUCUCAAGCCCAUAAUUUAUUAUUUGACCUGUGAAGUUGAUCUGCUAAGCCAUGUCUUGGACAAGACCUGCUGAAGCUCCAUUAGAGACCUAGACAAGGAAACCUUGUCCUAAACCUAAUCUGCUGAGUUUUGUUUGAGGAGAGACCUAAUAAAGCCUGGGUAUAACCAACCAGUUGAGAGAUGUCUAGGACUAGAUUUGAUCAAACUUUGACCUUGGCAUGAUCGUUUAGAGCCUUGUCCUGAACAUGAUCUGAUUCAGUGUUUGUGAUGUGUACAUAGCUGUAGAUGUGUGUGAAGCCAGUUCUUUGACUGUAAGUGUAUUGCACCAGAUUCUGGCAUAGAGAAAUCUAACACUGAUUUAUAUUUAGUUUGAGUUUUCUUUCUAUUUUGCUUUGCAGAUUAUAUGAAGAUGCCAAAAAAAUUAAAAAGAUGACAUUGUCACAUUAAAAUUUGUAAUAUAUUUUUAUUUCCCUUGAAACCAUUAUCCAGUGGAUAGUUCGAUUUUUUUAAAAUUAAAGUUUUUUUUUUUUAAUUUUGGAUUGUACAAUGGUAAUUUAUUGAGACAGUUUGGUUUUUAUCUAGUCUUUUAGCAAAGCUUGUCAAUUAUUUUAUUUUUAACAUUUUUCUUUAGGUGAGAUUUUGAAUGUUUCUGGGCACCUUGCCUAUCACUGCAUUUAUCAUAGCUUUACUGUACAGUAGAUAGAAUGGUUCUGAUACAUUUGCAGUUAUUUCCAAUUAUGUUCCUAUUUCUGGUUUAUGUCUAUUUCAAACCAUAUGCUGACUCUACACAGCCUCCCAUCAGGCCUCAGAAUAUUGCUAGGGUUGAUCUGUCUUCAAACCUAAAGAACUAGUUGAAUAAAUGAAAUGAAACCUUUGCAGAAGUGAUUACUAGUUUUUUGCUGGCUGGGUCUUUCAAAAAUAUUGACUUUUGGCUAGGUCUUACAGUUGACUAAUAUGGCUUAUGACACCUACGUUUAGUAGCCUGGCAGAAUUUUCCAACCACCUUUUUUUUUAUCAAAGGUAUGAAAAUAGAAAAAUGAGUAUUAGUUACUCUUGUAUGAAAAAAACACACUCUCAUAACAGUCAACUUUCAGUUGUUCUUAGUUACGAUUUUUUUUUUUUUAUUUAAAAUUGACUCUGUUUAGAAUUGUAAGGAAUCCUUGCCUUCACCAGACUUUGAACUUAAAUAUCUAACAAAGUACUCAGCCACCACAUCCUGGGCAGGAGACUAACCAAAAAAAAAAAAAAAAGAAGGAUGGUAUGAUUUGGGAGAUGGUUCUAUGGGAGGUGCAUUAGUCUGCUGCUGACAGUGAGUUAGGUCAUUUGAAUUUUUUUUUAUUAGUUACAAACUCUUCUUAGAUAAGACAAUUUUUUUUGGACAUGAUAAAAGCAGUGACUAUGAAAGUGGCUGAGUUUAUAAACUAAUGUCGUUGAAAAUGUGUUGUUUUAGAAUUGAACAAAUUAAGAUCUAGAAAUUUACUCAUUAAUAGUAUUAAAACACAAGGCAAAAAAAUACAUCUUCUUUCACUCUUUGUGAAAGCAAGGAUCUCAAAUUCUACAGUGGCAGAACUUGUGUAUACUGUAUGUAGAUUGGACAAACCUAACAUGUAGCUCAACAACAUUGUUUUUAUACCAUAACUAGCCUGACAUUGCCUGCGGGCCUAAGUUUGGGUUUACUAAUCUAGUGGAUUGGAUUUAGAUGUAUGUUAAACUUAGCUCAUGAUCCUUUCAAGUUUUUUCUAUUUCGCUACGAAAAUAAAAUUAGUUGUGCGAAAAUGGGUUUACCCGAAGCCGAUACAUUCAUAUCUAUUAAAAACGAAAAUAGCGAUAGAUUAAUAUUAAAAACGGGUUUACCCGAUUUGUUAAAUGAAUGCGAUAAUGAAGCAAACAAUUAAACCAAAUAAUUUUUAGUAUGCGAUUCAUGAAUGAAUAUAGAUCUAGGCCUAUCUCAACACAGCUUCGCAGCUUUCGUAAACGAAUGUAUUAAAAAUGCUUUAGAAAACCAAAUUUGAAUGUUAAUUUGAUCAAAAUAUGAAAUGAAUGGAUGAUAAUUAGUAUGUUCAUGUAUUCAAGUAUAAAACUAUCUGUGCGAAGAGAAGUUUUAUCAUCUUCGAGUUUUAGAUCUAGGACAUUACAGUAUUGUCUAAUGAAAGAAUGUUCGUCAGGAAAUCUGUAGUCACAGAUAUAAGGAACUAAUGUAUGUAAAAAAUGGUUUUGAAAAACAAAUUUGAAGGUUAAUUUUAUUCAAUGGACCUUCUUUUGUAUUUUCAUGUGUCAAAGUAAAAAACUAUCUGCGCAAAGUGUAUUUCUUAAAAUUAAAUCUAGAUCUAAAUCCUUUCGAUCUUUUCUCAUAUCAACAUUGUAAACAUGGCCUAGAUCCAUUAAAUACUAUAGCUGUAAUAGAGUUGGUCUAUUUUUUUUUUUAGGGUCUUAAGUUUAUUUUAGGGCCACAAUACAUUCACUACGGUCUAAGUUGGUACCCAAGGAACAUUUCUGCCAAGUUUUAUCAAGAUUUGUCAAAGCGGGUUUUAUUUCUAUACGGGGACAUACAUACAUACAUACGCCAAACAUUCUGCUUUAUAGUAUAGAUUACAAAAAGUGAAGCCCAACCUAUAUAAUUAACAUAAAAUAUCUAUCACAUGAAAAUGAUAUUCAAAAUACAAAUCAGUAUAAAGUCAAUAUAGGCACACAAUUGUAAAUAUAGAUCUAGAUUUACAUAUGUGUGUGUGUAGACUUCUAGAUUUAGGACUUUUUCUAGACUAAUUGCAACACUGUCAAGUGCCAGUUUGGAGAAUCAUUUUGGCUGCCCUUUUGUUUUUUAUGUUGAAAAAGUUAUAAAUUUUUUACAAGAAAAUUGGCUCCAAUUCCAAUGUUGAUAUACUAUAGAUUGAGGUCUUAAGAGCACUUAUAUGUAUGCUAUAAUUAAACUUUGUGUGAGAGUCAUUUGAUUAAUGUUGGAUACAUGUGAACACAACUUAACCUUGACCAUUAGAUUAAAAAAAAAUAGAAUGCCUUCUAAGAUACAUGUGUAUUUGUAGCCCUUGUUACUUGCGCAAGUCAACAGUUGUCUCCUAUGUUAUGACAGAUAAAAACACUGCACAUUACUUUUAGUGAUACCCAAUGGACCAUAAUUCUUAUACAUAGAAACAUGCAAUAUCAACUGAAUGGGCGGGGGGGGGGGGAUGUGUGGAGGGACAGUGCAAUAGCACCUACUGCCUACUUUACGACAAGGUUGUGUUUUCAUUUAUUUGUUCAACCUGUGAACUAAGCUUCCAUAACCUAGUAUGAUAGUUAGCUUAGAGUUACUUGCCUUGAGUACAUGUAUAUGUGAAAAUAUAUAUAUUUUGUUUUAAAGCAUGUUAGAUUACAGAAGUGUUGUAGCGUAAUAUAUUUUAUUUUAAAUUGUAUUCCAGGAAUAUUUUAUUUGUUAGUGUUUACAUAUUUUUUUUUAUAUACAAGGCUCAGAAGUAGAAAGUGUUAUAUAUAUAAAUAUAUAUAUAAUGGCACUUCAAAUAAUUACAUUUUGUAUGAAGUUGUGUACAAUUAGUUUGCAACCAUUGAGUUUGUUUCUUUGCUACUGGUAGAUGACAUGUAUGACACUUGUGCAUGACAUCAAUCAAAUGUACAGUUAGUUUGUGUUCAUUUUGUUUGACUUUUGAUGAAGUGAAAUGUGGCAAACCACACAUACAUACACAAUGGUGAUAGCAUUUUGUUUACUUCCUAACUGUUCUAGAGAAAGUCCAAGACCAUGAGAAACAUUGUCAUGUUUAGUUGAGAUCAAGCUCUAUGUCAUUCUAUAAAAACCUCAUUAAAAGAUCAUUGAAUUUGAAAA